CGUUUGCCUCGCAUAAGGCUUGCGUUCACGUCUCUUCAUCAUCGCCUUCUUCAUAUCUUCCUGUAUUGUGAGCCUUGGCUUGCGUGUGCCGACUUGAGCGACUCACACGUUGCCCUUUGCGACGUUCACGAUCAGGCCUGCUUGAGCCACGCAGUCUUAAGCCGCGGCCAACUCCACGCCACACGUUAUCGCCCAUCACCAACCACGAUGGCCAUCCCCAAGCGUACACUCCUGCUUUCCUCGUGCGCACUCACUUUCUUCAGCAAAAAGUAUGCGCCUGGUUCUCCCUUGACGCAUGGCGGGUUUAUCAAGACCGUGCUUGCGCUCUUUGCGAUCCAGUACUUUGUGCAAGCUUUCUACAGGAUUCUUAUCUACCCAUUCUUUUUGAGCCCGCUGAGACAUUUGCCGCAACCCCCUAACGGCCACCCCAUCCUCGGGCAUUUCCCGCGCAUCUUCCGCGACCCAUCAGGAGAGCCACAGCGAGAUUGGAUUGACAGCGUGCCGAAUGAUGGUGUGUUGUACUACCGCUGGCUUUUCAACGAAAGUCGUGUGCUGGUGACCAGCCCCAAAGCGCUGGGUGAGGUGCUAGUCCAGAGAAAUUAUGAAUUCGUCAAGCCGGUCAGGAUUAGAAUGGGUCUUGGCAGGCUUUUGGGGGUGGGGAUCUUGCUGGCAGAGGGAGAUGAGCAUAAGCGCCAAAGAAAGCUACUGAUGCCGGCUUUUGCAUUCCGUCAUGUCAAGGACUUGUACCCUAUCUUCUGGGGAAAGAGCCAGGAGAUGACUGACCGCAUCGUGAAGACCACAGACCGAGCUCCGGAUGGCUCUGUCGUUAUCGAAGUUCGUGACUGGGCUUCACGUGCGACACUGGACAUCAUUGGCUCAGCAGGCAUGGGUAAAGAUUUCGACUCGCUGAUAAAUCCUGAGAAUGAGCUGUUCCAAACGUACAAGAAGAUAUUCUCCAGCAACCGCGGCGCUCAGAUCAUUCAGCUGCUGCUCGGCACGCUACCUCAUUGGGUGGCAGUGAACCUCCCAUUGAAGCGCAACGACGAGAUCGGCCAGGCGAUCGGAACAAUUAAGAAAGUAUCCCGCGAUCUCAUCGCCACAAAGCGAGCCCAGUUACAGCGCGGCGAAAAGCCUUCCCAUGACAUCCUAUCCGUAGCUAUGGAAUCGGGCGGCUUCACCGACGAAGAUCUCGUAAACCAACUAAUGACUUUCUUGGCCGCCGGCCACGAGACCACCGCCAGCGCCAUGUCCUGGGCCAUCUACUGCCUGUGCAAGCACCCCGAGACACAGACUCGCCUGCGCGAAGAACUGCGCACACAGCUGCCCGCGCUCCUGGAUCCCAGCGCCCAGAUCUCAAGCACAGACAUCGAUCGCCUGCCCUACCUCAACGCUGUCUUGAACGAGACACUGCGCAUCUUCCCCCCCGUUCCUCUCACAAUGCGCGAAACCGCAAAUGACACAACGAUAUGUGGCUCCUUCGUUCCGCGUGGAACAACCGUCAUAAUCUGUCCCUGGGCAAUCAACACUUCCACCCACCUCUGGGGCGAAGACGCAAGAUCUUUCAACCCUGACCGCUGGCUCGGCAGCAAUGCCAAUUCAGGCGGUGCGGAGAGCAACUAUGCCGUUACGACGUUUCUGCAUGGCCCGAGGAGUUGUAUUGGCAAGGAGUUUGCGAAGGCGGAGUUUGCGUGUUUGGUCGCCAGUUUGGUGGGCAGGUUUGAGGUCGAGUUUGAGGAGGGCGAUUGGGAGUUGAAAAUCCAGGGAGGCAUUACGGCGAGGCCGAAAGGGGGGUUGAGGGUUAGGCUAAGGGAGGCUGGAGGGAGCAAAGCAUAGGAGAGGAGUAUUAACAUAGUGGAGCUAAGAUGCACUGAUAUGGCUUGUGGAUCACAUGAGCUUUGAUCAGGGCAUGGGUGCACCUGGUUGGACCUGUACGACGAGUAAAUUUUCUGGUCCACUUGCUGACAUUGCGAACAAUCGUCGACCCGUUCGUCAAGUCGAGGUAUCGCGAUUGAUGCGGGCUUGUAUUUUUUUUUCAAAUCUUUCACCAUGCACAACCGAGAGCCAUAUCUUUUGAGUCUUACUCAGCGC